GGACUAUGCUGUCCACUUGUUUCCACCGCUGGACCAACCGCUCCACGUGCAACAAUCUACCGCAUGCACGGUUUGAUCACCAUCGGCAACCGAUUCGGCAGCUUCGCCGCCAUCUAUCGCCGGGGAUUCAUCGUCGUGGUCAAGACUUGAGAUGCUCGACCCAUUGACGUUCACGGACUUAGUGGAUGCCCGUUCCCCCGACCGGACGAUUGCCGAAACCACAUUGCAAUGUGCUCAUGGCACAACUGCGAGAUUACUUGCACACUGCAGUACCGACUCCGUUGAUGGACGCCGGAGUAGAGGUUGUCGACCUUCACGUCUACAUUGCGAAGAUCGACCACGAGUUCAAGACGCAACUGUACGAUGACAUCGACGCACCAUUGCUAUAUGUACGCAUUCAGAUCGGAGAAGUGACAUGCAGCGCGUUGAUCGAUUGUGGAGCAGCUCGCAACUACAUCAGCCAGGACUUCAUGGUGCGCGCCGGCCUUGGCCCACGCGUCCGGAGGAAGCCCCAACCUACGCAAGUCACAUUGGCGGACGGUCACACGCACAAGUCAAUCAACCGGUGCAUUGACAGCGUCCCAGUGUACUUUGCCGCUCACGCAAGUGAGGCGGUGUCCUUUGACAUUCUGGACACCAAAUUCGACAUGAUCUUGGGCAUGUCAUGGCUGCGAAGCAAAGAUCACCCGGUGAACUUCUGCAACCGCACCGUUCACGUUCGCCCGCACGGAGUAGUACCGGAUCGACCCAUCCGCCACGAGAUCAUCCUCGAGGACGGGGCCGUACCUCCGCGCGGUUGCAUCUACCAAAUGGGCGAGGAAGAGUUAAGUGUGCUUCGGGCACAACUUGACGACCUUCUGGAGAAAGGCUGGAUUCGGCCUAGCUCAUCGCCAUACGGUGCUCCUGUUCUCUUCGUCCGGAAGAAGAACAAGGACCUGCGGUUGUGCAUUGAUUAUCACAAGCUCAACGCGCAGACAAUCAGGAACGCCGACCCUCUCCCACGCAUCGACGACCUUCUUGAGCGACUGGGCGGCGCCAAGUUUUUCUCCAAGCUGGACCUCAAGUCGAGAUAUCACCAACUCGAGAUUCGCAAGCAGGACCGUUACAAGACCGCGUUUAAGACGCGAUAUGGGCAUUUCGAAUGGCUGGUCAUGCCAUUUGGCCUUACGAAUGCCCUGGCCACUUUCCAAGCGGCUAUGACAACGGAGUUCCGACACAUGCUGGAUCGAUACGUACUUAUCUAUCUCGACGACAUCCUGGUGUACAGCCGGAGUUUGGAGAAGCAUGUGGAACACCUGCGCACCGUUUUGGAGCGGCUACGACAGGCCAAGUACAAAGCAAACCGCGACAAGUGCGAGUUCGCACGGCAGGAGCUGGAGUACUUGGGACAUUUUGUGACUCCGCAAGGCAUCCGUCUGCUUGCGGACAAGAUCGAGGCCCUACGAGUAUGGCCUGAGCCCACCAACACCACGGACGUUCGGUCAUUCAUGGGAUCGGCGGGCUACUAUCAGCGAUUCAUCACCGGAUACUCAAGGAUUGUUGCACCUAUGACGAAGUUACAGUCGCCAAAGGUGCCAUUCGUAUUCGAUGACGACGCACGCCGGUCGUUCCAAGCACUUAAGACGACCAUGCUUAUGGCACCCGUCUUCAGCAUCUAUGACCCCACCUUGCCGAAGAGAGUGACUACGGACGCUUCCGGCUAUGGCAUUGGGGCAGUCUUGGAACAGCACGACGGCGACGACUGGCACCCUGUGGAGUAUUUCAGCCACAAAGUGCCUCCCAUCAACUCACUUGAUGAUGCAAGGAAGAAGGAGCUCCUCGCGUUCGUCAUGGCUCUCAAGCGAUGGCGGCACUUCCUUCUUGGGCGUCGUAGGUUCACAUGGGUCACAGACAACAAUCCAUUGACCUACUACAAGACGCAGGAUACGGUGAGCAGCACGAUUGGACGAUGGAUGUACUUCAUCGACCAGUUUGACUUCACACCGAAACAUCUACUCGGCCUCUCAAAUCGCGCAGGAGAUGCACUCUCGCGAAGACCAGAUCUUUGCGCUAUGACACAUCAUGCCUUCGCAUUCGACGAGGAGUUUCAGCGACACUUCAUCCGGGCAUAUGAGUCUGAUCCGGACUUCGCCACGCUGUACGCACAACCUUCGGAUCACCCGCCGGCCAGCCACUAUCGCAUUGCCGACGAAUACUUGCUCCUCCACUCAAGAGGCAAGGACUUAUUGUGUGUCCCAUGCGACCGUCGUCUUCGGACUCGCCUCCUCAUCGAGUAUCAUGAUUCACGACUCGCCGGCCAUUUCGGAGUCAACCGCACUAUUGCACGGCUUCGACAGCGAUUCCGAUGGCCCGACCUCAUUACCGAUGUCACUCGGUAUUGCGACUCGUGCGAAGUUUGCCGACGCAGCAAACCCCGCAACCGCAAUCCCUAUGGCGAGUUACACCCAAUGCCUAUCCCACGGGAACCCGGUCUCUCCAUUGCCAUGGACGUCACCGGUCCGUUUCCUCGCGACCGGCUCGGGCACGACGGCAUCCUCACGGUUVUGGACCGAUUGAGUAAGUACGCGCGUUUUCUCCCUUGCAAGUACUACUCCACGGCUCCCGAGCUGGCACGCCUCCUGCACACUGGUUGGAUUUGUGGCCACGGUGUACCWGAAGACAUUGUCAGCGACCGCGACACUCGUUUCAUGUCGGCGUUUUGUACUGCUCUCAUGCAGGAGUCCGGCACAACAAUGAAACCAAGUUCGGCUCGGCAUCCUCAGACAGACGGGCAGACGGAGCGGGCACAUCAAACCGCUCAAAUGAUGCUUCGUACGCUCAUCCGUCCGGACCAGAAAGAUUGGGUUGACCGCCUCCCCGACAUCGAGUUCGCCUACAACACUUCGGUGCACCCGACGAUCGGCGUGACUCCAUUCGAGUUGCACCACGGUGGACGGAAAGGCCGUAUCUUCCUCGACCUUCUCCUCCCUCGACCAGCCGACAUUGACGCUGCCUGCUCUCCCGCUUCCGUCCGGAAGUACAGGGAAUUGCUGACUCAAGCCUGUGCAAAUAUGCAAAAGGCUCAAGUUCGCAUGCAGCAGCAAGCCAACAGGCGUCGCGUACCAUGUCCCAUUCACGCCAGUGAUCUGGUUUGGGUCUCCGCGGAAGAGUUUGCACUGGAACAGGAUGUUUCACGCAAACUGCUUCCCAAUGGACAGAAGGGUCUUUAGGUGUCAAGGUGGGAGCAGAAAAUGAUGGUGAUAGAGGUGGCAAGUGUAGUUGCUGGAUAGCGCUGCUUAUCCAACAUCUCACUGCAUGUGUAGCAAAAAGUUCCGGAACUCUUUACCUGCUGCCUCUGUAUCUCUCAGCAACCGGCUUCACACUCUUUGGGCGUCUGCAUCUGGUCAGGCCAGUGCCUUUCUUUGCCCCAUGCCAAAGCCCCCCCAAGGCCAGUUGUAACUGUGGGAGCUGACAAGAUGGUGCUCCCAUGCAUUUGAGAGGGGAACUUCAAGUACGUUUGUGUUGCCAGCCAUCAUUGCCAGGGAAUGUUGAGAAGCGCAGUACUUGGGCGAGCCAAGUCAUGCUCAAGCUCCUUAUUGAGGUUUUCUGUCUGGAAUCAUGGAAUUAUUGUUGUUGUUGAAUUGUUUCUCGUGUUUUUGCCAGCCGGUGGUGAGCGAACUCGUUAAGGGAACGUGUAAUUUGGCCACAAGUGUUUUUUGCAUUUGCACACCUUUGUCUGUAAGUCGUCUAUGAUUGUGAAACCGAAGAGGUGAUGGUUGUGGGGGCACUACAUGGCUGCCUAUGAGAUUGGGUGUGCAGCAGACCUCAGUGCCAGGAAGUGUAUGAAAGGAACCCGUUAGAAUUGGUAGAAUACAGAGAAGAUUAGCAUGGCCCCUGCACAAGGAUGACGCACAUAAAUCAAGCAGUGGUCCAUAUAAAAGAAAGCCAGCUCGCUGAAACUCUUUGAAGUCCAUCAGCAGGGUCCACAUGGUUCUGCUGGUCUUGGCUCGGUUCAUGCACUUUGUUGCUCCUGCCAGUGCUUCGUUCAACCUAUGAUGCUGACCAGUAGGAAGCUGAGCGAAGUGGUUGUGACCGUGAAGGGGAGUAGCGGACCUAUCAGUCUGGUGAAAGGUGUGGGUAGUGUGGUGCGAAAUGUGGCCAGUCAGGCGGAAGGCAUGUUGAGAUUGGGCACUUUGAGAUGGGGCACUGCUUCACUUCUAUGAGUAGCUUAUGACACGUCCGACAUGUCAGAUGGUGGAAGGUGUGGUGUGAGAUGGGCAGGCAGGCGAGGGCAUGCUGCAAAUCUCCAUCUGCACUUUGUAUUUGGUGGCACACGUACCUCCCAGGGGUUAAAUGCUGGUCAGCGGGCCAUGCUUUUCACGUUGAUGCUGCUGGGGCUGGUUAGGUCUGUCACACUUAGGAAAGGAGGGGAAUGAGAUGCGGUAUUGGCUGACUGUUGGCAUUGUCUUCGGUGUGCUAGAUCUGAAUCUCUUGCCUGUUAUGGUGGCAGUAUCGACAACUCCCUCUGAGGCUAAGGCACACUGAAGGUGGGCCAGGCCAUCUUCAUGAACCUUCUUCGUACAAUUUGUAUAUGUACUCUUGCACAGAAGGAUGUAAAUGUGUAUAUACCAGAUAACACUGAUAUGCGGUUGAUGUUGUCCGCUGCAGAAAUGAGAUCCUUGUGUAGAUGAUACUGGAAGUGGCAGGUGUGGGCAUGACAACAACUAACAACGGGCCCCUGCACAAGGAUGACGCGCAUAAAUCAAGCACAAAGGCCCCA